CUUCGGUCUUUAUGCAGUGGCGCAACGUCCACGAUUUCCUUCUCUUUCCGCGACGCUACUUUUCAGUAAUCCGUCAAUUAAGUAGCCCCAGCCGGAGUUCCGUUGCUUCAGCUGAUACCCUCGUUAGUCAAGGCAAGAUGACACUGCGCAGUCGGGCCGUAGAUUCUUCUUCUCGACUGUAUAUAAAGUUGCACUCUCAUCUGUGUCGUUAUCGGUGGAGUCCUCGAAUAGACCCCCUUACACGACAGGACGCCGACCACUCGAACUACACGGCCUCAAAAGGAUGUCCCUGAAAAAGCGACCUAUGCAAUAUGUCCGCCUGGGAAAGUCUGGUCUGAAGGUGUCCAAGAUCAUCCUGGGCUGCAUGUCCUACGGUAGUCACGGUUGGAACGAAUGGGUCAUCGACGACCAGGAAGAGGUCACUGAACACAUCAAAGUCGCGUAUGAGCUUGGUAUACAGACGUUCGACACCGCCAACGUCUACUCCAACGGACUGUCAGAAGUGAUGCUUGGCAAGGCCAUAAAGGAUCUCAAGCUCCCGCGCGAGGAGCUCGUCAUCAUGACCAAGCUCUGCGGCUCAGUUGCUCCCAAGUAUGACAUGAGCCUGAUGCGCAUGGGCGUAAAGCCCGAUGAAGUCGGGUUGGUCAACCAGCACGGCUUAAAUCGCAAGCACAUAUUCGACUCCGUAAAGAAGAGCUUGGAGCGUCUCGGGGUUGAUUACAUCGAUCUUUUGCAGUGUCAUCGGUUCGACUACGAGACGCCGAUCGAGGAGACGAUUUCAGCACUUCACGACGUCGUCAAAGCUGGGUAUGUUCGCUACAUUGGAAUGAGCUCGUGCUGGGCGUACCAAUUCCACGCCAUGCAGAACUAUGCUAUCCAGAACAAUCUCACACCCUUUGUCUCAAUGCAGAACCACCACAGCCUCGUCUACCGCGAGGAGGAGCGUGAGAUGUUCCCAACGCUCAAGAUGUUCGGUGUUGGAUCUAUCCCAUGGUCGCCCGUGGCGCGUGGUGUCCUCACUCGACCGCUCGCUGACCAGACAAAGAGAAGUCAGACAGAUCAGUUCGUGAAAACGUACGUGGACUACCCGGGUACACCAGAGAUCGUCAAACGUGUCGAAGACCUCGCGAAGAAGAAAGGCGUCAGCAUGGCCCAGAUCUCCAUCGCAUGGAGUCUCUCCAAAGAGGUUGUCAGUGCACCCAUCGUCGGUACGACCAGCCUCCAGCACCUUGGAGACAUGGUCGGUGCAGUCAACGUCGAGCUCACUGCGGAGGAGGUCAAGUACCUCGAGGACCCAUAUGUGCCUGUCCCGAUCAGCGGACAUCAGUGAAUGCGUCCGCGAGACCGAUUAACGCCCACGCGCGAUCCUGCUACUCAUCUUCGCGGGAUCGGCGUUAUGGGUGUCCGAUGUACCAUGUUUUCUAAGUCAGUCGGAUGGCAGUGUGCUUGGGUCAAUGUUGAGGCACCUCCUGGACACCAUAGAGGCCCACAGAGCUGGCGCCAAGGGGGAUCGGUGCUUGCAGUGGACCGACUAGUAUGCCUUACCCGAGUUGUCCGUCACG